AUGUCUUCACACACUGAGGCAGCUGUUGGUGCACUUGGCUCUGCAUAUGCAGCACACGAACUCGUCAAAGCUUUGGACGAUGACAAGCAUGAAGCCGGCGACCAUUACCUAAAGGCCGCAGUUGGUGCAGCUGUAGCGGUGGGAGCAUUCUAUCAGCUAUCAAAAAAGGCAGACCACCCUCUCUGGAGGAGAGACUCAGACAUUUCUAGUGACGAUGAGGACGCUCAGCACACUGAGUUGGUCAAGACUGACCAGACACAAAUCGUACGCCACAAACACCACGAGCACCACGAACACCACGAACACCACGGGAGCCAUGGGAGCCACCAUCUCCACCCUGCCCACAAUAGACUCUUACUUGAAGAAGCUGUUGGUGCCUAUAGUCUUGGGAAGGAACUGCUGGGUGACAAGAGACACCAUAUCAUUCAUCUGAUUGGUGAAGCGUUAGGGGCAGUCGGAACGAUCAAGGAUAUACAUGACCAACGUUCCUAG